AUGUUCACCAGCAUCUUCGAGGGCCUGCGUCGCAUCGCUCCGGCCUGCGAGGACCCGGACCGCGUGGUCGAGGUGCACGUGGAGGACUUUGUCCUGGGCGAGGUCCUCUGCCGAGAAGACUGCCUCGUCAUCUACCGGAGGCCCGAGGGCGCCAAGCAGAGGCUCGACAUCGUCAUGCAGCUCGACCUCAACCACUCCUACAGCAAGGCCUUCAGCAUCCACCGCAGCGGCGACGAGUCCAGCUGCCGGCGCCUCUUCGAGCUGUUUCGCGCCCGGGUGCCGCUGCUUGUCGAGUGCGUCCCCGAGAUCGGAGUCUCAAAGUUCGUGCUGCAGAACGUGCUGCAGCUCAUCCGAGAGAAGCCCUCCUGGUCGGCCGCACACGUCGCGGCACACUUCGGAUACACGGCCUGCUUCAAGCACCCCGUCAUCCAGAGCCAGAUAAACAUGCGCUGCGAGGAGAGCCUGGUGACGCCCCUGCACGUGGCCGUCCGCUCCCAGCAAGUGGCGUCCGUGGUGGCUCUGACGGAGUUGGAUGCCCGGAUGGACGCCGUCGACGCCACUGGGGACACCGUCUUCCACUACGCAGCCACCACUACCAGGGACAUCAUACAGGUUCUGUCCCGUCACCCAUCCGCUUCCGGAGUGCUGAACGCCCUGAACGGCAAGGGCUGUACGCCCUUCCAGCUGGCUUGCAUGGCCGACAGAGUCGACUGCGUCAUGGAGUUCCUCAAGGCGGGAGUCGACGUCAACCUCGGAUGCGCCCCUGCGCCGGAGGAAGAAGCCCCCUCUAGGUGCAUGAAGGACGUUCUGGACACGUACAGUAGCCGAUUCUGCAACAUGGACAUCAAGUACGGAGGCACGCCCCUUCACUGGUCCAAGACGCCGGAGCUGACGGAGGUGCUGAUCGAGCACGGGUGCCGGGUAAACGCGCGCAACUUCGAGGGCGACACGGCGCUGCACGUGAUGGUGCGCAGGAACAGGCUGUCGUGCGCCCUCGCCCUCCUCUCGCACAGGGCGGACCCCGACGCCCGCAACGCCCACGGAGACGCCCCCGUGCACCUCGCAGUCAGAACGGGCGACGUGUCCAUGGUACAGACGUUCAUCGCCUUCGGGGCGGACCUGGAGGUUCUGAACAACCGAGGGGAGAGUCCCCGCCACUGCGCAGCCGCAGAGGGGCGGUCCCAGGGCGAUAUGCUGUACGCCCUGCACGCCGUGGGCGCCUCCCGCUGCGCCCCCGCCCUCUCCUGCAACGACGGCUGCAGCCCCGGCGGUCAGUUCAACGGAAUACCCCCGGAGAACUGCUCCUUCUCGAGGAAGUACGAAACAGUCUUCGAAGAGAUCCUGCAGCUGUCGGGCGGGGCCUUGCCCGGAGGGGGCGGGGCCUCGGCGACGGAGGGCGCGGCCUGCCGGUGCCGCGCCUCCGGCGGGGGCGUGGCCGGCGGCCGCUGCCGCGUGCUGAGCCUGGACGGGGGCGGCAUCCGGGGCCUCGUGCUCAUCCAGAUGCUGGACGAAUUGGAGCGGAUCGUGGGGCGGCCCCUGCACACCUGCUUCGACUUCGUGGCGGGAACGAGCACCGGCGGCAUCCUGGCACUCGUCCUGGCGAUCGGGCGCAGCAUGAAGGACGCCCGCUGCCUCUACUUCCGGCUGAAGGACAAGGUGUUCGUGGGCUCGAGACCCUACGACGCGGACUUGCUCGAGACCUUCCUCAAGAACGAGCUGGGGGAGUCGACGCUCAUGGGGGACAUCCGACACCCCAACCUGGGCGAUCGUAAACCAGCCGACCUGCACAUGUUCCGUAAUUACGAGUCUCCGCUCGAAGUCCUGAAACACGUGGAGACGGACCCACUCAGCGACGACCCCCUGCCCAACCCCAGAGAUCAGCUGAUCUGGAAGGCGGGGCGAGCGACGGGCGCCGCCCCCACCUACUUCCGGGCCUCGGGGCCCUACAUCGACGGGGGCCUCGUCUCCAACAACCCCACGCUCGACGCCCUCACCGAGAUACACCAGAGGAACCAGGCGCUACGAGCCACGGGCCAGGAGGCAGAGGUGGUGGAUGUGUCGGUGGUGGUUUCCAUGGGAACGGGGCGGCCGCCCCUCGUGCCCGUCAACACCAUCGACGUGUUCCGGCCCGACACCAUGUGGGGCGCAUGCAAGAUGGCGCUCGGAAUCACCUCCCUCGGCCAGCUCCUCGUCGAUCAGGCGACCCAGACGGACGGGCGCGUGACGUCACGCGCUCUGGCGGUGUGCGGCAUGCUGGGCGUGCCCUACUUCCGGCUCAACCCGCAGCUGACGGAGGGCGUGGCCCUGGACGAGACCAACCCCCGGGUGCUGGUGCGCAUGCUCUGGGAGACGACGGCCUACAUGCGCAGCAUCAGGCAAGACCUGGACCACAUCAGGACGCUGCUGCUCGUGGACACGCCCUGAGCAGCGAAGCCACGCCCACCCCGGACGAAC